AUGGCUUCAGAGAUCGCGCAGUCGCGCUCAAAGCUGGCAACCCUCCUUGAGAGCCUCACAUCAUGCUUGAAUGGCGCCGCUUCAUCCCUCCCUGCACCACGCAAAGACGCGUCCUCCAACGUCUCGAUUGAGCCUCCGCAGGAUGGUAUCUCACUCCUCGACACCAAAAGCGAAAUUCUCCUCUCCUACCUCCAUAAUCUCGUCUUCCUGAUUAUUUUUCAACUGCGACAAUCUUCCCAACAAAACUCAGACGAUUCGGAAAAUUCUACAAAUGAUUCGCUCCGAGAUGACGCCGUGAAGAAGCUGGUUGAGCUGCGGGUAUUCCUUGACCGAGGUGUACGCCCGUUGGAAGGACGGUUGAAGUACCAGGUUGAUAAGGUGGUGAAGGCGGCGGAGGAUUCAGAGCGGACCGAGCGACCUGCCAAGGCGAAGAAGGUUGCCAAGCCCAGCAAGGUCAUGGAUUCAGGUGACGAGGUAUCAUCGGAUGGCAGCGAGGACGAUAGCGACGAAGAUGACAUGGAUGAAAUGGCUUAUCGUCCCAACGUCGCCGCAUUUACGAAAGCCAAGAUCGAGGCCAAGCCCCAAGCUAGAGCCGCCAAGCGCGAAGAGCCCAGUGAUGGCAUUUACCGCCCACCCAAGAUCAUGCCCACCUCCCUCCCCACAACCGAGCGUCGUGAGCGCGAGGAUCGCCGACCCCGCCGGUCUAAUGUUAUUGACGAAUUCGUCAAUGCCGAGAUGUCUUCCGCGCCCAUGGCCGAGCCCAGUAUCGGUAGCACCAUUCUCGCCGGUGGCCGAGAGACUAAGACCAAGAAGGACCGCGAGUACGAGGCCGAGCGAGCACGCUACGAAGAAACCAACUUUGUUCGUCUACCAAAGGAGACCAGGAAGGAAGAAAUCAAGCGACGUGGCCGUGAUCGGCAGACGUAUGGCGGAGACGAGUGGAAGGGCCUUACAGAGGGAGCUGAUCGCAUUGAGCGCCUUACCCGUAAGAGUAAGAGCAGCGGAGCCCUGGACAAGAGCCGGAAGCGAAAGAACGAAGACGGACAGCGUGAUGAUGGCGUGGGAAUGGGCGAGAUCUUUGACAAGCGCCGCAAGAAGAUCGAUAGUUGGAAGCGGUAG